CCUCCCCGCUGCCUCCACCUCCUCCUCUUCCACCUCCUCCGGCUGCGGCGGGCGAGGACUCGUCCGGGGACAUAAAUAAAUAAAUAAUUCCAUUCACCCGGUGACAGCGAGGCGAACCGGCGGCGGCCGGCGGGGGACGGAUCGCUGCAGCGCCCACCCUGUGCCGGAGACCAGGUAAAAUAAUCCAGAGUCUGCUCUACCUCUCGUCCUUUGUAUUGCCUUCAAAUAUCACACUUCAAGCAAUAGUGAAAAGGUUUAACAAUAUCACACAUAAUCCAAAGAAAUCUGUUCAAGAGAGCAUCUGUCAACAGGUUACUUGAAUUCCAAAUAGAGGAGUGGAAAUGCCACCCCCAGCAGGCUCCCCACCGCUGCAUCCACCUCCUGAUGGAGGAUGGGGCUGGGUAGUGGUUGGAGCAGCUUUUAUCUCCAUUGGAUUUUCAUAUGCAUUUCCCAAAGCUGUCACAGUUUUCUUCAAAGAAAUUCAGCUAAUAUUCAACGCUACCUACAGUGAAAUAGCAUGGAUAUCAUCCACUAUGCUAGCUGUUAUGUACGCAGGAGGUCCCAUAAGUAGUGUUUUGGUGAAUAAAUACGGUAGCCGGCCAGUGGUGAUGGUAGGAGGUUUGUUAUGCUGUUUGGGAAUGGUCACAGCCUCUUUUAGUACCAGCGUAGUAGAGCUUUACAUCACCAUGGGAUUCAUUUGUGGUUUAGGUCUAGCCUUCAACCUGCAACCCGCCUUAACAAUCCUUGGCAAGUACUUCUAUAAGAAACGGCCUAUGGCGAGUGGCCUCGCAAUGGCAGGAAGUCCUGUUUUCCUAAGUACGCUGGCUCCUUUCAAUCAGUACCUCUUUAAUACUUAUGGCUGGAAAGGAAGCUUCUUGAUUUUGGGAGGUUUAUUGUUGAACUCCUGUGUGGCUGGGUCCCUUAUGAGACCUGUUGGACCAAAACUAACUACUACGAAGUCUCAAAAUAAGGUUGGUGUAAGAGAGACUGAUUCAGGCAUGAAGAAAAGACAUAAGAAGAAAUCAAUAUGGGCAAAAAUUGAUAAGUAUUUAGAUUUCUCCCUUUUUAAGCAUAGGGGAUUUCUGAUAUACUUAUCUGGAAAUGUCAUUAUGUUUCUGGGGUUCUUUGCCCCCAUUAUAUUCUUGGCUCCAUAUGCUAAAGACAAAGGAAUUGAUGAAUAUUCUGCAGCUUUCUUGCUGUCUGUUAUGGCUUUUGUUGAUAUGUUUGCCAGACCUACUGUAGGAUUCAUUGCAAACUCCAAAUUAAUCCGACCCCGAAUCCAGUACUUCUUCAGUUUUGCAGUUUUGUUCAAUGGAGUGUGUCAUCUCUUAUGCCCGUUGGCUGAGGAUUACCCAAGCCUGGUGGUGUAUGCUGUAUUUUUUGGCCUUGGAUUUGGGAGUGUUAGCAGUAUCCUCUUUGAAAGUCUCAUGGACCUUGUUGGUGCUCAAAGAUUUUCCAGUGCUGUGGGUCUCGUCACAGUUGUGGAGUGUUGCCCAGUCCUUCUUGGUCCUCCUCUUGCUGGUAAAUUGGUGGAUGAAACUGGACAAUAUAAAUACAUGUAUGUGGCCUGUGGAGCUAUUGUAGUCCUAGCCAGCUUGUGGCUGCUCAUUGGCAAUGCUAUUAACUACAGACUGCUUGCAAAGGAAAAGAAGUUGAAAGAGACAACGAAGAAAAUACAUACAUCUGAGUCCCAAGAAUCUGAACCCUUGAAGACAUCUAAAAGUCAUGACGUUAGUGUCAAAAGUAUCAAAAGUCAAAAGUCAAAAGGAUCAGGGGUUAAUCCCUCAGAAAGAGAAACUAAUAUUUAACAAGAAUCACACUUCUGAUUUCAGUGUUUAUGACUUUCUUAGGAGUAUUUUUUUUAACAUAUUAGAACGUUUUUAGUUGAAAUGAGGAGUCAUAAUUAAGUAUGGAAAAGACAUUUUCCUUAAUGGCAAAUUUUUAAAAAGUUUGUUUUUUAAAAUUUAUUUGGGCAGUUAAAAUUUGAGAUUAUGCAUAUAAAGAAUUCAUG